CUGCAGCGCCAUGCAUUGCAACGGAAUGGGAGUCGGAUGAGGUGGAAGCCGGAUCCAUCCUGAGGGAGACGGGACGACUGGAGGGACCGGAGCCCGAUGCCAGCAUGACCUACAUACCACAGAGCUUAAGAGACGCGUCUCCAGGACCGAGCUGCUGGUGUGCUGCUCGCCCUUUGCACCACAGUAAGAAGUGACCUUCAUCUGCGUUUGCUGCCCGCAGAACUAUGCACAGGACAAGGGAAUAUGCAUCAGACCGAACCGACUGAAUCAUCCAUGCGGGACAUGUCCUAAGGCAAAAUAGGUGCCAUGUCCGCAUAUAUAUAGGGAGACAGACGCAAUCAGCUUUUUGCGUGGAUUUUUUGUUGAUCUUCCGUGACACUCUGGGGUCAAAGAGGAAACUAAAGGGUAAAUUAAUUAUGCAGGUGGCCCGAGGCUUCUGGACACCCGUCUUCAAUUCUGCUGCGAGAACACACAGCGACUCGGCUCUUUAACCUUUGGCCUACAGCUGACGAGCUUGGCAGUGGUGCCAGGGGCAAAGGUCCCGAGAAGAGCAGGGCUGACAGGGUCGCUUUUGAGCCAGAGAGGAAGUUAGAUUCCUCAUCAUAGACUUCCAAACAUGCUGUGAACUGUGGUCGGCAAUAAAGUUCGAGAGCCAAGCAAUAAACACUGAAAUACUUUGCCAGAAACUCAGAAGCUGAUUGACUCUUUUUUUAUUUUACGGCUGUUAACAACACAAACGUUCGCAAUCAUGAUUCUGAACUGUGAUCAGCCAUUACCUCUCCUGAGGCACACAGAGGUGCCGCCUCGGGUCAUCGAGAACUUCAUCCUGACGGGCUACCGCUUCCCAAACUACAGCCUGAGGAAUUGCUUACUCUCAGCAUUCAGGCCGACUAAUGAAACGGGCAACUUCUGGACCCACUUCCUGCCAGUCUUUGUUUUUUCGUACUAUUUUGUGGAUGUUUUUGGCUGGGAAGGUGCACCACCUCCUGAUGCUCCGUUCUUCUAUCCACUGUGGAACUACUUUAUCGGAGUGUUCUGUCUCCUGAUUGCUAGCAGCAUGGCCCACCUGCUCAACUCGAUGUCUCUGGUGGUCAGAGAAGUCUGCUUCUUCGUGGAUUACGGCACAAUCAGUGCGUACACAGUUGGCUCAUCGUUGGCGUACUACUACUACAUCCACCCCCGGGCAGGGAUAGUGGAGACGGGAGGCCAUAAUAGUUCCCACAUGGACCUGAACCAUGAACCUGCAGAAUCCUUUUUUUCAUCCUAUGCAAUCCCAGAUUUCAGUGUAUUCUUUGACACCCUCUACAUCCCGUGUGCAUGUGCUGUAGCAAUCUUUUGUGUCUUAUCAUGCUGCAACACUCGCCAUCGGUGGCGAAAGCAUCGAUAUGUCAUCCGGACCUUCGUCUUCCUCCUCCCAUUCCUCGUCUCCUCUACACCGGUCUUCUAUCGCCUCCUCACCAGAUCGCCUUAUUCCACCACCUCGUCCUCGUUCGCUGCUUCCACUUCCAUGCCCAGCUUAUUCUAUCGCCACUGCCUUUGGCUGCUGGUGUCGGCCAUCUUCAACAUUAGCAAGUUUCCGGAGCGGCUGGCCCCGGGUCGCUUUGACAUCUGGGGGCAUAGCCACCAGUGGUUCCACUGCUGCACGUUUCUGUCCAUCAUCGACGAACUUCACAUGAUCAAGACGGAGGUGAGGGCCAUCCUGCUCAGCCCCACUCUGCUGCUGCCCCCUGCCACCCUCUCCCGCCUACCUGGACCUACCAUAGCUACCACUUACGGGGUGAUGCUCCUCCUGCAGACCACCAUCAUCUCCAUCAUCGUGUGGUUCUCCUGGUGUGCCAACAGCAUCUACGGACCUGAGAGAGACCAGCUAGCUAAGGAGCAGAUCAAGAAACGCCUGAAAUGCCACUGAUCUCACAGACGUCUUUUAAAUCAUGUCGGAUGAGAUUGAAUAUUUGCACAUGAAUACAGAGCCAUGCCACUAACAGACACGCACAAGUCAAACAAUUUCCCCCUCUUGAGAAUUGUUUAAGCUUUCACGAGGGGAAACUGGGGACAACGGGAGAUGAGAGGAUUAUAUUCUGAGCCCAUCACAAGGGAGGCUGUCUGGUUGAAUGGAUAUUGAAGGAACUUGCCAGCUCUUUCCCCUGAGCUGUUCCAGCAUGUUCCAACAGGAUGCCUAAGCAAUGGAUAUAAUAACUACCUCUAAGGGCUGUAUACUAGAGGACAGAGGAAAGGUGGUGGUACCCAGGAGAAAGUCCCACAUAACAUUUGGGUAAUGUGGCGUCAAAGUCGGCAUGUGCAUUUGCGGAAGUUGUCCGUGAGUGUUGUCUGCUGUCACGUCCUUCCUCCUGUUGCACUUCCCCCUCCCUCUGACCUAAAAUGGUAUCUUUUUUGAAAAUCCUCUGAACCCAUUGUUUCACAUUGGUCAUCAUUUUGUCAGAGCAUUGUUAACCGAGCCUUCCCUUCCUCUGAUCUACUCACGCAGUCUCAUUUCCUCCCCCCUUUUCCCUUGUGACCCUUGCAGCAGGAAGUGCGGUGGUCUUGCAGACGUAACAGAAAUAGCCGAGAGCUCAUAUCAGUGGUAGAGUUAAGCACUUUUCAGGGUUCUGCCCUGUAAUUAAGAAGCCAUGCUCAGUUUCUGCCCUUAAGGGAUUCAUUAACAUUUCUCAAGCAUAGGGGGAUGCUGUGCUGACAUGUCGGACUUGCUGUUCAGAUUAAAUGUGAUAUAAAUCUGCUGCUUUUCUAAACAGUAGGAGAAGCCUAUUGACUUGACUGGAGCACAUGUAGGGGAAAUCUAUCAUUGAUAAAUGGUUUGAAGCAGCAGUUCCAGGGUGAAUGCCUUCAUUGUGUAGAUGAGAUGGAGACUUUUCAUGUCAUGUGACAUACAGCAGCCUCUCAGAGCAUAAGCCAUACUUAAUAAUAGUAAUAGUAGUAAUAAUGGCAAUAUUGUAGUUGUAUAAUGUCACCAGGAACUUCCUGGAUAGAGAUUUGCACUCGCUGAUGGUUCACUUCGCAGUUUGUACCUUUUGUGUAUCAGCAUCAGUUUUAAAAAUAAAAUAAAAAAUACUGUGCCAGGCAACCUGUGAAAAAAUGACGAGGGUCAUUUAACUUCCCUAAUUAAUCUAAACGAAGCGAAUAGCACGUAAAGCCUUGCGUAAAUUUGAACAAUAAAUACAAAUGUCAAUCAAUUUAAAUCAGCAUUACUUUUCAUUUCAAUACUUUAUCCCCAGCCAAAACAGUUUUUUUAUUGUGACUGUUGGACUAUUUUUACAUGCACAUGGACAGAGAAGUGCUGUAGUUUUAAUGACCUCCUGGAUGAUUCGGUGAUUGCCGCAUAUUUAGGAUUUCACUGAUGCUUGUGUGAUACACAAGAGGCACAACCGUGGGCUUUAAUUUGACCAUGCAAAUUGAAUGCCUCUCGUACCAUGUAUUAUCCAACCUUUAAAUGCAUGAAGCAAGUGUCGCCUUAUUAUUAGCAACGAUCUCGGCGCUGCAGGCUCACACCCUGCUUGCACCAAGGUUAGAUACCAGCACUUGUUGAAACACCCGUGCUGAUAUCUGCUUCUUUUUUUUUCCUUCCUCUUUGAUUCUUCAAUUCUGCUGCUUGACCUAAACUGUGCAGGCCCAUUAUUUGGCUGGCUAGCUAUUAAUGCAAUUUAUUGAGAUAUUCUCUUUUACUCUCUGUGACUGCUCUAAUUGUCUGAGUCCAUAUUUGUGUUUUAGGUAGAUUUGUAAUUUUAUGAAAGAAGGGCAAAUGUGUCAUGUUUGCCCUUAGUAGACUAAUGGUCAGUCAUUUCCCUGAUGAGAAAAAAACAAGGUGUAUUAUGUAUGUAACGCAGGCAUUCACUGAUUAAUUUACUGUAGUUUGUGCUCACUGCCACUUUUUGGCAUUUUCAUUUCUGCUGUGUCACAUUUAAGCUUCAGACAUGAACGUUGUCUGGACUCUGCUUUAGUGGUUUAUUCCGGGCAUUUCCUGACUUUUGUGGGCCCCAGACAUUGUAUUUCACUAUCUUUAAACUAUCUUGCAUGAACCUCAUAGUCGUUUCAGACACGUACUCUGGAGAGCACUGCAAUUUGACAUACCACCCAGCCUGUUGAGGUUUGUGAAGAGGGGACAGGAUUUCAGUCGAGGACUCUAGAAAAAAUUGCUCCUUUGUUCAGCGUUAAUGUGGACACUGUGUAAAUGGAGAAUGACUGUCAGUGCUCACAUGAAGAUAAAUCAGGAGACCGUCUGUUUUCUUUGAGGGUUUUCUGCGUAACUCUAUCACGUCCGUGGCGAUUCUGUCAUCAUGUACUCUUUCUCGUAGGGCUUCAAUUGGAAGGAAUUGCUUGUACAUCAAACUUUAACUUUAACUGUUGUCGAUAAGUCAUGUUUGUCUGUGUCUAAUUUCAGUAACGUCACGAUUAUUCGUUCUGCUCAUAUCUGCACACCCACUCGUGUUUCGUACACGUACACUUGCACAAGAGACAAUGGUGAGAAGUGGAAGCUGAGUUGUGUGGUAUGUACGAUACAUGGAUGAGAACACGGGGACCGUAUUGAGCGGUUGUAAUAAUCAUGCUGUUAUGAUGCACUUUAAAGAUUCUUCUAUGUCCUCAACAUGUUCCUUUUAAGGGAUUACUGUAUUAUUUCAGAGGUUCACCAGAUAAAGACGCAUCCAGUGUGAAAGCGAUGUUUCUACCUCAAUACUUUUGUUUUGUCACUGAAAAGAACCAUCAUUGAAACAGACUGUGGCUGCAAGACUUGAACUAACGUUGUUGAAGAGUGUUCAGUAUGUGAAUGUUAGACUUACAGAAUGCUGUAUCUUUCCAAGGGAAGCACUUAGGUGUGACUGAAGAACGACACUGAUACUUUAUUUACUUGCACUGGAAUUAUGAAUUACUAGAGGUGGAGGUAAACGUACUGUGUCUGUUAAUGCAGAAAAAAAAGAGAAAAUCCUCCUCUAUUAGCUUAAUAAAUGUAAAUCUCACUAAUAUAUGGACGAUUUGAGUUCUAUUGAAUAAAUUAUGCAGACAACUGUAA